AAAUGAACCGCUUGAUGGUUAUUUCGGCUCGUCGGAUGGCGUCGGCGGCUCCAAAAACGAGCACCGGAAUCGAGCACGCAGAGAAGGCCAGACAGGUCGCUGGCGGAAAACCCGAUUGGUCACUGUACAAAUGCGACGAAUACCUGAAAUUCGACAAAUACUCGUACGCUCACGCCGAAAUCACCAUGAACAAGGAUCGUGUCGUUCAGCCGUCCUACAAGAAGGCCGACGUUCUUCCGAAAGUUCGAGCUUAAUCUUUUUUCGACAUUUUCUGUGUGAAAAAUAGAGUUUUCGGUGGAUUUUAUCAUUUUUUUUGUGUAGAUUUUUCGUAUAAAUAUGAGUUUUUAC